AUGUUCUAUAAUUUACCUAAAUUACCCAAAUGCGCUUGUAACUUGUUUAUUGCCUUCGCUUCUCAUCGUAAAUUAUCAACUUUCGACGAUACAUUUCAUAAACCUAUCCGUGCGAUAACAUACACACAGCUGGUCAUCGCAUCUGCUCUUGGGAAAAUGUCCGGCGGUCUUGAUUUAGAUAUAGUAAACUAUAUAAAAACUAUAAAAAUUGAAGUCAAGUCUCUAUCAACACGUUUCAAAUAUCUCACACGUCAUGUGAUACAACAGAAACGUCAGUUGGACUCUGCGGUAAGAAAGAUUGCUUCUCUUGAAAUGUCUUUCAAUCAAUCUAAAGAUAUAUGCCAUUCAUCUAAAUCUAAACAUUCAGUUGGUUGUCAAUUUUCACAGAAAUCAAAACUAUGUAUCACAGCUUCACCAAAUAUUUCAUCAGAUAGUGAAUCAUUUGAAAGUUUCAACAAACAUCUUGAAGUAUCUAAUACUCGAAAUACACAGAAACGUCGUAAAUCUGAAAUACAAUCAAGUUCAGUUACAUAUACAUCACCUCAAAGAUCAUCUUCUCCUGUGAAAAAGAAAAAAAGGCUUGUGGAUAAUUUACUAUCACUAAUCACGUUUUUGGUUAGUCAAUCAAUGCAAUCUCCAUUUGUGUAA